AGCAGUUUGGUGGAACAGCACUUCAGAAUCAGCUGCAGCUGGACCUGUAGUUCAAGGGGCUGCUACAGCAGUGUCUCUGACAUGAUGUUGAGGAAGCUGCUGAUCUUGGCUUAUGGCAGAGGCACCAGUGAAGCAGCUCCUGAGACAGCAAUAUUUCAUGACUGACAGAAACAAGGAUUGCUGGAGAAGAAAAUAAGAUCAUCUUAAUUUCACAUAUAUCUAAUCCUUGUGAGGAAAAUGUCACAUUAUACAAGCAUCGUGACUUUAACACAGCCUAAUGCCAAGCUGGAAAUAUGAUGCAAGAGACUAGACUUUCUGAAGCCAAUUAUUGACCGUCUCCUUGCUAAUCAUGUCCAUGAAUGAAAAGUUAGCACAGUAAUGCAUUACAUGGUAUAAUGCUAUUUGGCAGGAAGCGUGGGCAGAGGGUGGCAAUGCAUCUGUUAAGAAAUGUACUGAUUACGAAGCUAUAUCCAGUUUGAACACUGAGCGGCGCUACGAUAUUAACUGUUGCAAUUCACUCAGUCUUCUCCCUUGGAAUCAGGUGACAGCUGAAUUUUCAUACUCUGACAUCAAAACUGGCCUGUGUUGCCCUUCCAUGCUCUGAAGUAGCAGGGAAUUCAAGGUCUUUCCAGUGACUUUUCAUGGUCUUAUUCUACGACCACAGACAAAAACUACAGAUGUUUCUGCAGCCUCUCAGAUCCACUCAGGUUCUGAAAACAUGAGAACGGAGAUUCGGUGCAGCCAACACGCCCAGGAACGUGAAGAAUUGGUGGCAAAAGCGCCGUGGAGCCCAGGAUCUUGCACAAGAGCCUAAAAACAUUUAAAAUUUGCAGAAUGAAAAGAUGGCACAGGCAAUGCUGGUACCACCAGGAUCUGACAGCUUCUUCUAUUUCACCAAAGAAUCUCUUGCAGCUAUUGAAAAACGUAUUGCUGAUGAAACAUCUCGUUGCGACAAAAAAGAGCAUAAAGAUGAUGAUGGUCAUGAAGAAGAUCACCCAAAGCCAAGUAAUGACUUGGAGGCAGGAAAGACACUGCCAUUUAUAUAUGGCGAUAUUCCUCCAGGAAUGGUGUCUGAACCCCUGGAGGACCUGGAUCCAUAUUAUAUCAAUAAAAAAACAUUUAUAGUAUUGAAUAAAGGGAAGACAAUCUUCAGGUUCAGUGCCACACCUGCCUUGUACCUUUUAUCUCCUUUCAAUAUUAUUAGAAGAAUAGCUAUUAAGAUUUUGGUUCAUUCAUUAUUCAGCAUGCUCAUUAUGCUCACUAUUUUGACAAACUGUGUAUUUAUGACAUGGAAUAACCUUCCAGACUGGACAAAGAAUGUAGAGUACACUUUUACUGGAAUUUAUACUUUUGAAUUUCUGGUAAAAAUCCUUGCAAGAGGCUUCUGUAUAAAUGAUUUUACUUGCCUUCGUGACCCCUGGAACUGGCUUGAUUUUGUUGUCAUUUCCUUUGCGUAUGUAACAGAAUUUGUAAACCUAGGCAAUGUUUCAGCUCUUCGAACUUUCAGAGUAUUGAGAGCUUUGAAAACUAUUUCUGUAAUCCCAGGCUUGAAGACUAUUGUUGGAGCCUUAAUUCAGUCUGUGAAGAAGCUCUCGGAUGUAAUGAUUUUGACUGUGUUUUGCCUGAGUGUAUUUGCACUAAUAGGACUGCAGCUGUUCAUGGGUAGUUUGAAGAAUAAAUGCUUGUUUUGGCCACCAGAAAAUUCAACAUCUUUUGGAAGAAACCUAACUCCAUACUUUAAUGGUACAGUGUUUGACUGGACAGCAUACAUUGAGGAUGAAAGUCAUUUCUAUCGCAUAGAAGGAGAAAAGGAUUAUCUGCUUUGUGGCAAUAGCUCAGAUGCAGGUAAAUGUCCAGAAGACUUUAUCUGUGUGAAAGCUGGUAGAAACCCCAACUAUGGAUAUACUAGCUUUGACACAUUCAGUUGGGCUUUCUUGUCACUAUUUCGUCUGAUGACACAGGACUAUUGGGAAAAUCUCUAUCAGAAGACGCUACGAGCUGCUGGCAAAACAUACAUGAUAUUUUUUGUUCUGGUCAUUUUUCUGGGUUCCUUCUACUUGAUUAACUUGAUUUUGGCUGUGGUUGCCAUGGCCUAUGAAGAACAAAAUCAAGCAACUCUGGUUGAAGCAGAACAGAGGGAGGCAGACUUGCAGCAGAUGCUUGAACAGCUGAAGAAGCAGCAAGAAGAAGCUCAGGCAAUAGCGGCAGCUGCAGCAGAGAUGACCGAGUACAGUGGUGAAAGUGGGAUUGGUGGACCCUCAGAUAGUUCUUCAGAAGCAUCCAAGCUCAGCUCAAAAAGUGCCAAAGAAAGGAGAAACAGAAGGAAGAAAAGGCGGCAGAGGGAGCUCUCUGGAGAAGAGGAUGACACGAAGGAUGAGAAGCUUCCAAAAUCCGAAUCGGAUGGCAGUAUCAGAAGGAAAGGUUUCCGUUUUUCUUUCGAUGGAAACAGACUUGCUUAUGGGAAGCCAUUCACAUCCCCCCAUCAGUCUUUACUGAGUGUUCGUGGGUCCCUGUUUUCUCCCAGGCGUAGUAGCAGAACAAGUCUUUUCAGUUUUAGAGAAUAUGGAAGAGAAAUAGGAUCUGAAAAUGAUUUUGCUGAUGAUGAGCACAGCACGUUUGAGGAUAAUGGGAGUAGAAGAGGAUCUCUCUUUUUGCCACGCAGACACGGUGAACGGCGCAGCAGUAACAUUAGUCAGGCCAGUAGAUCAUCAAGAAGGCUGACAGCAUUUCCAGUGAAUGGGAAGAUGCACAGCACUGUGGAUUGCAAUGGGGUGGUUUCCUUAGUGGAUGGACCAGCAGGCCUAUUAUCGCCUACUGGACAGCUUCUGCCAGAGGUGAUAAUAGAUAAACCAACAACUGAUGACAACAGCACUGCUACAGAAAAAGACGUAAGAAAGAGGCGUGCAAGUUCAUAUCAAAUACCAGUGGAGUUGCUGGAGGAUCCCAAUUUAAGGCAAAGAGCUAUGAGUAUAGCUGGCAUUAUCACAAAUACAAUGGAAGAACUUGAAGAAUCAAGGCAAAAAUGUCCACCUUGCUGGUAUAAGUUUGCCCACACUUUCUUAAUUUGGAAUUGUUGGGAGCCCUGGUUAAAAGUAAAGAAUGUAGUUGAACUUAUUGUAAUGGAUCCGCUUGUUGAUCUGGCUAUCACUGUUUGCAUAAUUUUAAACACGCUGUUUAUGGCCAUGGAACAUUAUCCAAUGACUCCCAGUUUCAAUAAUGUACUUAAAAUAGGAAAUCAGGUUUUUACUGGAAUUUUUGCAGCAGAAAUGGUUCUCAAGAUAAUUGCCAUGCAUCCUUUUUAUUAUUUCCAAUUUGGCUGGAAUAUUUUUGAUAGUUUUAUAGUUACCCUUAGUGUGGUGGAGCUUUUUCUGUCAAGUGUGGAUGGAUUAUCCGUUCUCCGAUCAUUCAGAUUGUUGCGAGUUUUCAAACUGGCAAAAUCUUGGCCAACGCUAAAUAUGCUAAUUAAGAUUAUUGGCAAUUCAGUGGGGGCUCUAGGAAACCUGACCCUGGUGUUGGCCAUCAUUGUCUUCAUUUUUGCUGUCGUUGGGAUGCAGCUGUUUGGGAAAAGCUACAAGGAAUGUGUCUGCAAGAUCUCUAAGAAAUGUGAACUACCACGCUGGCACAUGCAUGAUUUUUUCCACUCCUUCCUGAUUGUAUUUCGAGUGCUGUGUGGAGAAUGGAUAGAAACGAUGUGGGACUGCAUGGAGGUUGCAGGCCAACCCAUGUGCCUUACGGUCUUCAUGAUGGUCAUGGUGAUUGGAAACCUAGUGGUAUUGAACCUUUUUCUGGCCUUGCUGCUGAGUUCAUUUAGUUCAGACAGCCUUUCUCCUACAGAGGAUGAUAAUGAAAUGAACAACUUACAGAUUGCUGUUGGAAGAAUCCAGAAAGGAAUAGAUUAUGUGAAGAAAAAAGCAAGUGAAUGUGUCCAUAAGACUUGUUGGGGGAAACAAGCUGUUGUAAAUCAAAAACCAGCAACAAAUCAGUUGAACGAUGAGAGAGACCAUUGCAUUUCCAACUGUACCAUUGCUGAGAUAAGGAUAGAUGCAAAAUACCACAAAAAUGAGAAUGGAAUGGCUGCUGUUAUAGGUGGGAGUGAUUAUACAUCAUUCAUAAACAACCCAAGCCUUACUGUUACAGUACCAAUAGCUGUUGGAGAAUCCGAUUUUGAACAUCUAAAUACAGAAGAGUUUAGCAGUGACUCAGAUUUGGAGGAAAGCAAGGAGAAGCUAAACUUUUCCAGCUCAUCUGAAGGAAGUACAGUUAAUUUGGCUCUCUUUGGAGAAGAAAAAGCUGAAACUGAACCAGAAAAAGCAUCAGAGGUACAGGCAUGCUUUACAGAAGGCUGUAUACGGAAGUUUAAAUGCUGUAAAGGCAGUAUGGAAAGCACAAAAGGAAGAAUCUGGUGGAAUCUUCGAAAAACCUGCUACAAGAUAGUAGAACACAACUGGUUUGAGACAUUCAUUGUCUUUAUGAUUCUUCUCAGUAGUGGUGCUCUGGCUUUUGAAGAUAUAUACAUUGAACAACGCAAGACUAUAAAAACCAUACUGGAAUAUGCUGAUAAAAUCUUCACUUACAUCUUUAUUCUGGAAAUGGUGCUAAAAUGGGUGGCCUAUGGUUUUCAAACUUAUUUCACUAAUGCUUGGUGCUGGCUGGACUUCCUGAUUGUUGAUGUCUCCUUGGUUAGCUUAGUAGCUCAUGCGCUUGGUUUGUCAGAACUCAGUGCAAUUAAAUCCCUCCGAACAUUAAGAGCUUUGAGACCUCUAAGAGCUUUGUCACGCUUUGAAGGCAUGAGGGUGGUUGUGAAUGCUCUUACUGGAGCAAUCCCAUCCAUUAUGAAUGUACUUCUGGUUUGUCUUACAUUCUGGCUAGUUUUCAGCAUUAUGGGAGUAAAUUUGUUUGCUGGCAAGUUCUAUCGCUGUGUUAACACCACAACUGGUGAGCAAUUCCCACCAGAGGAAGUCACUAAUGUAACUGUGUGUAAAAACCUUACGAUCACUUCUGGGGAUGCUCAGUGGAAAAAUGUGAAAGUAAACUUUGAUAAUGUUGGAGCUGGUUAUCUUUCUCUGCUUCAAGUAGCAACAUUUAAAGGAUGGACGGAUAUCAUGUACGCUGCAGUUGAUUCUAGAGAAACAGGGCAACAGCCCAAGUAUGAGGACAACCUGUACAUGUAUAUUUACUUUGUUGCCUUUAUCAUCUUUGGAUCGUUUUUCACCUUAAAUUUGUUCAUUGGUGUCAUCAUAGAUAACUUCAACCAACAAAAAAAGAAGCUUGGAGGUCAAGACAUUUUCAUGACAGAAGAACAAAAGAAAUACUAUAAUGCAAUGAAGAAGCUGGGAUCCAAGAAACCACAAAAACCUAUACCUAGACCAGCGAACAAAUUGCAAGGUCUGGUGUUUGAUAUUGUAACAAAGCAAGCCUUUGACAUCACCAUUAUGGUUCUCAUCUGCCUUAACAUGGUCACCAUGAUGAUAGAAACAGAUGACCAGAGUGAACUGAUGCAAAACAUUUUAUACUGGAUUAACUUGGUCUUUGUUGUCCUUUUCACUGGAGAAUGUGUCUUAAAAAUGUUCUCACUCCGCUAUUAUUACUUCACCAUUGGCUGGAAUAUUUUUGAUUUUGUGGUUGUUAUUCUUUCAAUAGUAGGUAUGUUUCUAGCUAAGGUGAUUGAAAAGUACUUUGUGUCCCCUACUUUGUUCAGAGUUGUACGACUCGCCAGAAUCGGUCGAAUCCUGCGUCUCAUUAAAGGCGCCAAGGGAAUCCGCACUCUGCUUUUUGCUUUGAUGAUGUCUCUUCCUGCUUUGUUCAACAUUGGUCUGCUGCUCUUCCUGGUCAUGUUUAUCUAUGCCAUCUUUGGCAUGUCCAACUUUGCCUACGUUAAGAGGGAAGCUGGGAUUGAUGACAUGUUCAACUUUGAAACGUUUGGCAACAGCAUGAUCUGCCUCUUUCAAAUCACCACAUCUGCUGGCUGGGAUGGUUUGCUGGCCCCAAUUCUUAACAGUGGGGAGCCAGACUGCGACCCCCAUAAAGAUCAUCCGGGGAGCUCUGUGAAAGGCGACUGUGGCAACCCUUCUGUUGGGAUUUUCUUCUUUGUCAGCUACAUUAUCAUAUCAUUUCUGGUAGUGGUGAACAUGUACAUUGCUGUGAUUUUGGAGAACUUCAGUGUUGCUACUGAAGAAAGUGCUGAACCCUUGAGCGAGGAUGACUUUGAGAUGUUCUAUGAAGUUUGGGAAAAAUAUGACCCUGAUGCAACACAAUUCAUAGAAUACAGCAAAUUGUCUGAUUUUGCAGCUUCUCUGGAUCCUCCUCUUAAUAUACCAAAACCAAACACAAUUCAGCUUAUUGCAAUGGAUCUGCCCAUGGUAAGCGGCGACAGAAUUCACUGCCUUGACAUCUUGUUUGCUUUCACAAAGCGUGUUUUGGGGGAAAGCGAUGAGAUGGAUGCCCUCAGAAUACAGAUGGAAGAUCGGUUUAUGGCAGCCAAUCCUUCUAAAGUCUCCUAUGAACCAAUUACAACCACAUUAAAAAGGAAACAGGAGGAAGUGUCAGCUACUAUAAUUCAGCGUGCUUACAGACGUUAUCUUUUAAGACAGUCAGUAAAGAAACUUUCAUUUAUGUAUCGCAAAGAUGGGGUUGAUCUACUUAUUGAAAAAGAUAUUACUAUUGGUAAGCUAAGUGAAAACUCAUCUCCUGAGAAAAUGGAUAUGUCUGCAUCCGCUGCAUCUCCACCUUCUUAUGACAGUGUAACAAACCCAGAUAAAGAAAAAUAUAAAGAUGACAAAGCAGAAAAAGAAGACAAAGGGAAAGACAGCAAAGGAAAUAAAAAGACAUAAAGAAGCUUUCUAUGAUGAAUGUUCACAAGCCUGAGACGAUGACGUUUUUAUCAAUAGCAGUCUUAUUGGAGGAUUAUGCCAAAAUUACAAGUUUUUACAUAUUUACACACUGCUACAGUCAGUGCCUAUACCAAGACAAUGACCCUUCACUAGCAAGCUCUCAGUGUGUAACAGGUAAACACCCUUGCCAGAAGAAUAGUUUUUAUUAUCAACUGGCACUAAUGCAGAGGAGACACAGAAUUUCUACUUGGACUGAAGGAACCCUUAAUGGAGUGCAAAAUUACCAGUCCUAAUAAGUCUGUAUUUCUGUGGAAUAAGUGUAUCCACUGUACAUUUCAUCUCCUAUGUAUGUUCAAUGUGUGUCAAUUUCUUUCAUGAUCUCAUUUGCUUUAAUUCACAUACUGCUAUUUGUAAUUCUGCUGUGCUGAGGAAAUAACUGCAUACUCUUCAGAGGAACACAAAUGUCAGGAAUACAUCAUUACGGCAUCAUAACGUGAACACAGUUCUCUUCAAGCCAUUUCUAAAAGCAGAAAAACAAGAUUCCAGAUUAUUGAACCUCAGGAUCUAGAUUAAAUCAAGAGGAAGUGAUAAAAAAGAUCAGAGUGUAGAUAGAGAAUUUAUCAGAAAACAAAAACAAGGGAAUCAUUUUUGCAGAAAAGAGGUUGGUAGUUUAGUCUCUUGGUUUUAAUAUACUUACGUUUAAUACCUUUUAGUAAUUCUAAAUUUAUUAUGCAGUUCAUUUCAGGUACAGUGUUUUAAACAAAUGAUGAAACUAUGAAAAAAACCCUACUAAUUUCAUGAUCCAAAAUAUCUUGUAAUUCCUGAGAGAUUUAAACCGUUUUUAUGGAAAAGCUGUGAACGCUGAAUCGUGCCUACAAGGAAUUACUGAAAUAAAAAGAAGUGGCAGUCUUUUUUCUUUUUUUUAAAUGUAGACCCUGUAAUUUCAUGAGGACCUUCCAUAUUUCAUUCCAAAAUUUGUUUCCACACUUCUUAUUUCAUAUGAAUGUAGCCCACUUAAGACAAUAAUCAAAGCUAUGUGUAUAAAUUGAUAGCAGAGUACCUUUUGGGACAAAUCCUACCUUAAUGUGUACCUCAGGCUUAAAUUUCCAUACUUUGGAAGGAUGGGUCAUGCCAGAGACACAAAUAUGUACAUCAGAGAUGGUUUUGACCCCCCCAUGGCACUUUAGUCAGGUUUCCACUGUAUGAAAUGCAAUCUUCCAUAGAAAGCUGAGACGACCAAAAAGACGUACUUAAAUCAGCUGUGUCCUGCAUUGUGGUUCGGAUGACUUAUUUUUAUCAUCAAGACUGACUGUAAGUUAAAUAUCCUGUGCUAUUUAAUUAAUUGUUUUACACAGUGAUACCUGGUUGAACAAACUGAGAAUGACCUAAGUAGUGUAUUUAUUGCAUCAAAUAUGUACCCUAGUAAGUGUAGCUUAUAACAUUUCAAUAGAUGAUAUGAUAUAUUCUGUAAUGCUCCAAAUAAUUGGGAAGCUUUAACUAAUGCAUGCUUGCUGCUAUUAUUCUACAGCUAUUAAAGUCUAAGAUGGGAAGACAUGUGAGUGGUAAAAAGAAAAAAACUGUUCGACGAGACCAUCAUUCCUCAUACCAGUAAGCAAUAGUUUGCUGCUAUUACAGAUUUUAUUUUGUUUGAGUUUUGUAAACAGCAAAUAUGCAGUAAAUAACCAGAACACACAGGAUAAUAUAUUUGCUUAAUAUGUGGGGCUAGAAAAAAAAAUUUUAUAAUAUCUAUUAAUCUAUUCCUGUUAUUUGGAAAAUAAUUUUAUUUUAUAAUAUUUUAUACUUAUUAUAAGAAACUACACAUAUCUUCAUGUUGUUAGUAAUUCUUAUGACUAUCUCUCUGACACUUUACUGUUGGAAAAUCUAAGAUACAAUGUGAAUUGGUAAUCAUGAGUUUCUGCUAAUUAUAUUGAACAUAUUUUAAUAAGGAAUAAUUUUAAAAGAAAUGGGCAGUACAGUUCUUUUUCUGAUCAGUAGGUAGGUCCUUGUAUGUGAAACAAGAUGGAAGGGUUUCUUUUGAAAUUAUAGUCCUGUCUGUCAAUUUUCAGCUUAAUCUUACUCAUAGAAACAUUGCUUUUCGCUGGUGUUAGUCUCACACUGUCUGCUUUUCUUGUUGAUUCAUACUGCAGCAGAAGCGCUUUACAUAUCAUUUGUUAUUCAUAGUCUUUCUUCAUGAGAAUGAAUAGUGAGCUUGUGCAAUGGACAAUAGAAUACCUUGCAUUUCUUACAAAAGAACUAAAAUAUAGAUGGGCUCCCGCUUUUAUAGAAACUAUUGACUCAUAGUGUACUGAUGAACUGCAUGCAGGAAGUUGUUUUACCAAAAAUAACUACAUUGCUAACAACCCGAAAGAAUAAAGAUAACCUUUUUACGUA